CUGAAACAAGCUUCGAAGGCAUACUAAGAAAACACACUACAUGAGAUAGAGAACUUACCCUCUCCACGGAAUAGCUGUCUAGGAGAUGCCAUGUUGGAAGCAGGAAGGAAUAGCGAUUAGGAAUGACAAGGACCAGAGGCGCGGCGGAGAGAGCGCGGGCGGCCAGGCACUGCGGUCUUCGGAGGGCCGGAGGGUGCCGAAAUUACGCGAACAGGCGCGUGUCAAGAGCCAGGAAAGGGAGAGUGCAGUUCACCGCCUCUCCCAGCGUGCUCACCUGUGGUCCUCGUCCAGAUCCACCGAGCUCAGCACCGACACCACAACACCGCGCACAGUCUCACCAACUUAUACCUAGGCCUCUUCAGCGCAAGGCUAUCCUCUCCUUUACGCCACACCCUCUUAAUCUAUCUCCCUUGUGUAUUCCCAUUGUCCUACCAGGCUACCACCACGACCCAUUCACGACCCCAACCACCAUUAUUCCGUUCCACACGCGUCCACCAUGGCCCAAGCUGUGUUUCAUGAACAUCCAUUGGAGGAGUACCUUGAGGAAACCGACGAUUUGUUCGACACUAUGCCCGGCGGAUCACCGGAUCUGACGCCUUCAACGCAAGACGCCAUUCCACAUCUCCUUAAGAAUAGCGAGCACCUGGAAAAGUUAUGCUUCCUUAUUUUCGGGGCCGUGGAGCUCGUCAGCUCCUUCUUCUCCCCCGAACGCUCUUCCAAGCGUGCCCAGGCAUUCGCAGAGCGCUUCAAGUACGGCGUUAUUUCCUCGUCGCUCCUCGUAUCAUCCACCUUCUCUUCCACCCCCGCACCAAGUCGUCGCUCCUUUUCACCCUCAUUUCCCGGUAAACUCCAACAUGGCACCCACAGCCGCAACACAAGCACCGCCGACAGCACCCUCGCAGAUACGUCGCCCGUCGACAAGUUCUCUACCUCAGUGGCUGCGGAGGCCGACACACCGCUGUGGCCCGUCACUUCCCUCGCGUCCGUCGCGAUUGCAGCUUUCAGCGCGGGCUUCUAUGCUUUCGCUGUCAUGUUCAUAUGUGGUACCCUGUACUACGUGUAUGCUCACAAGCUGGAUCUGCACACCAGACCGGAUGUGGUGACUCCUUCACUGGAGGCACUCAAGAGUCUCAUCUCUGCUGGUGAGGUUUGGGAUUCUGUUGUACACGAUACUCUCGAUGCUAUUGAGAAUGAGGAGCGAGCUAUGCUUUACGGCUCCCUAGCUCCGACCUCACCAUCAUCCCCUCUUCGCGUCGCUCUGAACUCGUCCCUCCACACCACCCAAACACAGUGCGACAACAUUCGCCAACUUUUUUCCGCCAUCACCUCCCCUACAGAGCUCUCUCAGAUGACUGAGAUGUACGCCCCAUCAUCGCCAACAAUCGCUACCCUUUCGUUGGGUGAUUCACCGCGACCACUCUCGCUCCCUAGUAAACGUGAACGUGCGACAUCGAUAUCGGAUAAUAAGCGCGCGACAUGGAAUGGGUCAUACGCUGCCCUUGCGCGUGCCGGUGCUCCCCCGGUCCAGCUCGCCAGAAGACGCAGCGGGAAGCGGAGAUCGGACAUGUCAGCUCUCCUAGAGGCCUCGACCCCCUCGCGCCCCUCAAGUAUCAGUGCGCCAGCGAGCCCGUCUGCAGGAGGCGAUCUGCCUGGAGUGCAAGAGGAAAGUAAUACGUCACUAGACCCCGAGAAGCGCGGACUGGGCCAGGACGGUGACGACCCCGAAAACUACUUCGGACUCGCUGCUCUCCAAAUGAAACGCCAGACUCGCAGUGAUGGCCUGCAGAACCUCCUCCUCUCAUCCUCCGACAAACGCACGAGCAUGUCCUCUCUUUCGUCUACCACUGUGCACUCCAGAACUUCGCCAAGUCUUUCCCCGUUGGGUCGGUACGCAACGAAACAGAAGCAGAAGCAGAAAAAUAUGUCGAGGCAUCCGUUAUCUGUCGCGUCGUUGCACCAGGCGCUGUCCGGUGCGCUUGCGGCGAAGCGGUACACGUGCUCGCACCUCCUCGCGCUCCGGUUUGAGGACGACGAGGACGAGACGUAUUGGGAGGACGUGCGGUCUGUGAUGAGCCUGCUGACGAGCUCGCUGGUGGACGCGGCGGCGCGGUUGGGCGAGGCGCUUGACUCGGAAGAGUACGGAGACACGAUAGAUGCGGAUGCCGUGUCCGAUGGCUCGCUCGAGGGGCGCCACGGUCUGAGCGCCAACCAUUCGCCGGCGAGCAGCACGUCGCCCACGCCCUCGCGGAGACAUGCACAGCUGCCGUCGCUGUCGCAGGGGCUUGUGGUCGCCAGUAAUAACGCUACCGCAGGUGCGAGCUUGGGUUCACCGGGCUUUGCGCCAAUGCCCUCGCAUAUUGCCAGAUUCGCGGGCCACAUGGACGCGAUCACGGCUGCGCUCGACGACGCGCGGAGUAACCUCGAAGAAUGCGUCGCUGCGCUGCGCAGGGACGCGCUCAACCCCUCCCCGUCGCACAGCCGGCACGCCUCCUCUACCUCUUCCGCACCACCACCGUCGCCAGCAGAGCACGCAGCGGUGCAGGCGUACGAGCGCGUGCGGCGCGAGCUUGGCAUUGCGCUGAGGGAGUGCGAGCGCGGUCGCGAGCCCCUGCUGUGCGCGGUCGUCCCGCCUCCCCCGAGCCCGGACAGCGAGGCGGACGAUCUGCCCAUCCUCGGUCCCGAUCUGGGCAGCGACGAGAGCCACGAGGAGCCGUCGCCUGUCGCUGAGUCGUCGCUCCACCACCGACACCAGCGCUCGCUUUCCCAGCACGGGGACAUCGGGCUCACGGUCGUCACGCCCGAAGGGGACGCCGUAGAUCUGGACGACACGCGGCUGCUGCGCGCUGAGAGGCUCGAGCCGCCCGGCGUGGAGCAGGUGUUCGAGGCGGAAGUGGGCGCCGGGCUGACGUGGGCGCGCGAGCGGAGCAAAAUGUCGCGCGAGGAGAGAAUCAAGCUCGUUAAGGCGAAGCGCGAGAGUGCCGCUGCCGGGCUCGGAAUUCGGUCGAAUGCCGGAGCGGAAGCUGAGGCUGAGGAGGUGGCGAGGCUCAGGAAAGAGCUGUGGGGCCCCGGCGGGGAGGUUGUGCAGGAGCUUAAAGACGUGAUUUAUAAGGUCGGUGAGCGGAGGCGGCGGAUGACGGAGGAGGCGCGCGCGACGAGGCAGGGGACGCCGUCGCCUGUGUCUGCGCCUGCGCCUGCGUUGGUGUUUACGCCUGAUGUGUCGUCGAUAUGGGCCCCGGAGGAUGUGCCCCUGCCGACGUCGCCAUCACCAUCACCGUCGCCGUAAUAUGUAGGCAAUCUAACGACUGGGAGGCGAGAAGGAGGUAAUUCGUGAAGGAAGGUAGACCGUUUGAUAUAUACGCGCACUUAUCACGCACUCGCACCGCACCGCAACCGCAACCGCACCGACAUACAUACACACGUUUCGCUCUGAUAUCAUAGUUUAUAGUAUUCUCACUAGCGUUAUUCCUAUACAUAUAGUACAUGGAGAACUUGCAAUGUCAAUAUGACGAUAGCUGAUUUGUUGCGUCG